UUAGCAUACAGGUAGAACCCCUCAUUGAACACCACGCAACAAAGGUACACCGACCGCCGACCGUCAAAUGAUCACGAAGUGACGCGGGGAUUUCGAUCGAUUGUACGGCGGACAUUGAUGAUCCGAACACGGUCACAGGGUGUAAUACAUUUCAAAGUCAAAGUGGAAGAUCGACUGGACUAUGAUGAAGAUUGUGGACAUAUGUUGACAUUCAAAUAGACAGUCUGGAGUGAGCGAUGGCGCUAUUGAAUGUAAUUCCCCGCCGGUGGUUAUACCGUUUCUGCAAGGCGUGGUGUAUACAGAUAUUCCUGCUGUCGUGUAUUAUUUACUUAACCUUGUCAUGGGUCGUACAAACUGAAUUUGAAGCUCCAGAAAUCAACUUCAAUGCGCCCAAGAGCCUCCGAAAACACGAAGACUUUAUUUGGGAAGAUAGCAACCACCUCAUUGUUGCACACAAACCCCCAACCGCAAUCAACUCAUCGAACGAAAAACCUAAAGAGGAAACCCAAAAUAAGUAUCAAGAGCAACCGGCCGGCAAACACGAGCAACCGGCCGACAAGCGAGAGCAACCGGCCGGCAAACAAGAGCUACAGGCCGACAAACGAGAGCAACCGGCCGGCAAACAAGAGCUACAGGCCGACAAACGAGAGCAACCGGCCGGCAAACAAGAGCUACAGGCCGACAAACGAGAGCAACCGGCCGGCAAACGAGAGCAACCGGCCGACCAACAAGAACAGCCAGCCCAGGAAAAACCCAAGGAAGAGUCUGCCGAUGUGGACGGGCCCAAGGACUUCAUGACACAGCAGGCUGCCGUGCAACUCGAACGGCACGCACACCUCAAAGAGGCGUGUGCCAGACAUCCCGAACUGUCACAAGGGGGCCUGAACAGCUUUACACUCAGGCACCUCUACGCACACGAGAAACAUAAAAUCCUCUACUGCUUUGUACCAAAGGUUGGAUGCAGUAACUGGAAGAGGGUACUGAUGGUUCUAGAUGGUAAAAAACAAAGCACCAAGCAAAUCACAUCUGACGAGGCCCAUUUCAAAAACGGUAUGAAACGUCUCAGCGGACUUAGUCCGGCCGAGCAACAGCAUCGCCUGAAGACUUACACAAAGUUCAUGUACACACGACAGCCAUUCCUACGCAUCCUUUCAGCCUAUAGGAAUAAGUUUGCUGAUAUCAAAGUCUACAGGAACGAGCCGUACUUUCAGGGGAUAGCCAAGAGGAUUAUGAAGAGGUACAGACAAGACGCCACGGCCAGGGAGCUCAAGACCGGUGAGAACAUGACGUGGUACGAGUGGACAAGCUACCUCACCAACCCAACUGAGAAGGCAAACUUUGACGACCACUGGCAGGAGAUAUACAAGAUGUGUUCCCCAUGUAAAGUCAACUAUGACUACCUCGGGAGGUUGGAGACCAUAGGAGAUGAUGCCAAAUACAUGCUGACCGCGUUAAAUCUCCAGGAUAAAGUGUCAUACCCAGCUAAAGCAAACAGUCACCCUACAAACAGUUCAAAGACAUAUGAGACAUUCUAUAAUCAGAUUACUAAAGCGACAAUUGGUAAACUCUGGGAGGUGUAUAAAUUGGACUUUGAAUUAUUUGGCUACCCCAAACCAGACUUUUAAUGCUUUGAUAUUAUGGUGACGUACCAUCAAGAUGAACAUUGUAUGAAUACAUAUUAUUACUUUAUUUUUGUACGUGCUAUUACAGUAUUGGGACUUUUUUGUAGUUGAGUUCUUUCAUAAAGCCUGUAAGCACACAAAUUUGCUUAGCAUGGCAUUUCUUCCUUGAUAAUAAACAAGAAUACCAACC